AUGUCGACAACACCAAAUUCGUCGCCAACUUCAAACAUAAAUACAGAUACAGAUAUAGAUACACAAAAUACAAAUACAAAUACAAACACAAAUACAGAUAUAGAUACAAAUACAAACACAAAUACAAAUACAAAUACAAAUACAGAUACAGAUUCAAUUGAAGCCACAACAACCCCAACACCAAUACCAACACCGGCAGUAGUAACUACACCACCACCACCAACAACAACAACAACAACAACAACAACAAUGACACAAACAUCAACAUCAACAAGUAGUAAUAGCGCAAAUUCAGGUAAUUUAUUUAUUAGUUUUUUACCAGCAACUUAUACAAGUGAUACAUUACGUUCAAUAUUUUCAGCAUUUGGAGAGAUAGAUAGUUGUAGAGUGAUGGUAGAUUUAAAUACUGGAUUAAGUAGAGGAUUUGGUUUUGUAAAGUUUAAAGAUGUUGCAAGUGCACAAUAUGCAAUCAAUUCAAUGAAUGGUGCAAAAGUUGAAAAUAAAACACUUUUAGUUAGAUUUGCAAACUCUGAUCCAAAUAGUAAUAAUACAAAUAAUAGUAAUAAUAAUAAUGAUGAUGAUAAUAAUAAUAAUAAUAAUAAUAAUAAUAGUAAUAAUAAUAAUACCAAUAAUAUAGAUGAACAGAAAAUAAGUAAUAACGUUUUCAUUAGAGGAUUACCAAUAGAAUUUGAUAAAAAUCAAUUAUCAGAAUUGUUUUCAGCAUAUGGUGAAGUUGUAGAAUCAAAACUGUUAAUUGAUAUCACUACAAAUGCAAGUAGAGGUCAAGGUUUAGUUAGAUAUAUCGAUACACAAUCUGCAAUCAAUGCUGUUAAAUCCUUAAAUGGUUUCAUUUUACAAGAUCCUGAAAAACCUUUAAUCGUAAGAUUCGCUGAUAAUGAGGAUGAAAAGAAACAAAAAAGACAAAAAUUACAACAAAAACAAGUUAGACAAAAUAUGAGAUUUUCACCAUACCCACAACAACAACAACAACAGCAACAACAACAACAGCAAAUGAUGAAUUCAUCAGGUGCAAUGAUGUAUCCAUUUUAUCAAAAUAUGCCAACAAUGAAUAGUUUACCAAAUUCAAUGAUUGGGUCUUCAUCACAACCACCACCUGGUGGAAAGAAUCCAGGAACUGAUCCAACCAAUUUAUAUGUUUACAAUUUACCAAGUGAUGCUGAUGAUUCACUUUUAUAUAGAUUAUUUUCACCUUGUGGCGCAAUUGCAAGUGUUAAAAUAGUUCGUGAUCAAACCACUCAAGUUUGUAGAGGUUAUGGUUUCGUUAGAAUGGUUAGUUUGGCUGAUUCCUAUUCAGCUAUUAAUUCAAUUAAUGGUGUUCAAGUUGGUGGUAAAACAAUUUCAGUUUCUUUUAAAAAAUAA